AUGGCCGAAAGAAGAGAAUCACAGUUUCAGGAGAUGUUGGAGCUUCUUCGGAGUGAUAUACGUGAAAACAGAUCAAGCAACACUCCGAUGGCUGGCGAACUACGCACGACAAGGGUCCAUGGCAUGUAUAGGGUCCCGGAUGUGCUUCGUGUACAAAAUGAGGACGCCUAUCGUCCAAGCUGCGUAUCUAUUGGGCCUCUUUGGAGAGGAAGACCAGAUCUAGUAGAGAUGGAGGCCGUGAAAAAGAGGUAUAUGGGUGAGCUACUUGAGCGAAAUGGAACACUUGCGGCAACAGUACUAGCAGAAUGUACGGAAGCUAUGUUCAACUUGAUGUCCCGUGUUAUGGAAUGCUAUUCCCAAAGGUAUGGUGAUGACUUCUAUUCUGUAAGAGACAUGGCAUGCAUGGUGAUUGAUGGUUGCUUCAUAAUUGAACUUCUCUACAAGAAUUACGUUCCGGUCAUAGAGACAUGGAUGUCUGACCCAUUUUUGCAGAACCAUUUGAAGUAUGAUCAGGUCAGACGUGACCUGCUAUUGCUCGAGAACCAAAUCCCCUUCUUUGUUCUUGAUGAAUUGUUCAAGCUGACAGUGGAACCAAUCCCGGAUAGUACUACUAUAUCGGGCCGCCCAGUCUCCCUCCGUAGAUGUGUCGUUUCAUUCUUUGGAGAUAUGAUGAUGAGACGAGAAAAUAUUGGUGGUGAAAUAGAAAACCUGGAAAACAAUUUCCCUUAUCAUAUACUCCAUUUUUUACACAUUUGUUACCAAUCUCCUUUGCAGAAGGCACCGAAAUGGUACCAACACAAAGAGAAAACUACACUCAAAUACAGUGCAACAAAACUUCAAAGUGUAGGAGUCAAGUUUGGGCCACGUAUCAGAAGAGAGAGCCUAUUUGAUUUGAAAUUUAGCACGGAUCGUUGUUGCUUUUGGUUGUGGAGAAGAGCUCAUUUUCAAAUCCCACGUUUCUCUAUCAAUAGAUCUACUGAAUUAUUAUUGAGAAACCUCAUUGCUUUCGAGCUUUGUUGUGCCGGUGUUAACCAGUACUUCACAUCUUAUGCUGUCGCCAUGAGCAGCCUCUUGGACUCUGCAGAAGAUGUUGAAUUGCUUGAAGAAGCCGGAGUCAUUAGUAACACGUUGGGUUACAGUGAAAAGGUGUCAGAACUCUUCAAGAAUAUUACCAGUGAAGAAAGUAUUGUAAGUAAUCAAUUCCAUUUUUACAAUGAUCUGUGGAUGGAGGUGAGGGAUUUUUGCACACCUUGGCGACUAGCUCUUGCUAAUGCAAACACACAAAUGGCAGUAGCUUUUGCCAUUAUCCUGAAUCUCAUCACACUUUUGUCCUCCAUCUACACCGUUCUUUCUUAUUAUCGCAACUAG